AUGCCUAAUGAUCACGAUGACCAUCCAGAAUGCAACAAAGAAUUAGUGAAGCAAAUUAAAGUUCAAGAAAAAAUAAUCGGUCAGCUGAAAGAACGCAUAAACUUGCUUGAAACAAUCAACACACAGAAGAGCUUGGGUGAUGAAAUUGCAGUAACAUUCUAUUGUUUGGUUUUGGGGGAGCUGACCAGAAUUCUCAAAAACAAAGAGGAUGAAAUCCGUGAGAAAGACGAACAACUGACAGCGGCUCUCAAAUUGAUUGACUCUAGGAGAGGAACACCGCCACAACUACAUGACGACGAUCAAUUGGAUUAA